UGAACGGGAGAGCCAGCCUUGCGCAGCUUGUCCGGGGAGCGUGACGCGUUGCCAGACGCCCCCGAACCCGGGGACGAUGUCUCCGCCGUCCAUGUCGUGCCCGGCGUGUCAUCCUCUCGAGCGUCCGCAACGAUGACGAGCGGGACGCAGUGCUUCUCUUGCGGUAGACGUCCUCGGGGUGCUGACUCGGCACACCGUCCGCGCUGAGCGAUUGGGAAAGGACGCUUCCUUCGUCGGUCACCUCUUUAGUGAAGUUCAGCGCAACCUACCAUGGAGCUGGAUGAAGAUAGUGAGGUCGUACCAGACGCCGAGACGAUGGAGUUUUAUCGAAUAGGUCCACCGUUUCCUUCCAUCUUGAGGAAACCAGGAGAGCGACCCAGACGAUUGGAAAUCUCUCGAAGAGUGUCCUUUUCCAAGGACGUCUCAGAAGGGUCGUCGGAGUCCCUCCAUCGUCGACUGCGUUUCAACGCCGCCCCGCCGGGAAGGACACUCCGAAAAAAACAGAGCAUUUCUAUCAUCGCAUUUUGUUCCUUCGCCAUGGUCACUUUGGUGGGUGUCUUCUGGGGCUACAUCAUCCACGGCAUCGUCCACACAGAAGGAGUGACGCCUACGCCGCCUUACCGAAACAGGGAGUACUUGAAGGCUAGCCCUCAGGAAGAAGUCUUGAGAGACCUCGACGACUCCGACUACGCUGUCCCCAACUUGGUGUUCCUCACGGAGCGGUCCAGGCGUCGUCGGCUCCGGACGCCCGUGGUGGUCCUGAGACGACACCCACCGCCGAUAGCGUCGCCGUCGCCUUCGCCGCCGACUCGGCGCUGGAACCGCACGCGGUCCUACCGACCUCGGCGGCGCCCCGCGAACACGACCACGACGACGACGCGCCGACGGCGCACCAAGCCCCCGCGGAAGCCCGUGUUUCAGUGGCGCUCCAAGGUCCUCGUGAGUCCCGGGUCGACGACCGAGGCCGAGAGGACCGACGGGCCGCCGGUGAUCGAGGGCGAGGCCGCGUCGUCACCGCAGGCGACCUCUGGAGAAGGCAAGGACGGAGACGAGAAUGCCCUCUUUCCGGGCGCUGACGGCGGAGUCGAAGGUGACCUUCGUGCCAGCGACGACUCGCAGGAGACCACCUUCCACGGGCGAGGCGGGCUCCUGGGCGCUCACUCGACGUGGGGAGACACCGCCGGAAACGGCACUUCUUUGGUCGGCAACAACACCGAGGUCGCAGACGUGGCUGGACCCGUAGACUACAGCGCCACGGACAACACUACGACGUGGUUGAACAACUCGGCCGGCGGAGGCGCGGAAGUGUCACAGGAACCGUCGCUCGAAUCGUCUGCUGGGGAUUACGAGGACGACCGCAACAGCUCGGGAGGAGAGGAGGACGUUUCUUCGAACGCCUUGUUGAAUGAGGACGAGGAAAAGCCAACAAAGGACGUUGACCCCGUGAGUCGAAAUGAGUCGUCGUAUUCUGCCCUAGCCGACGGAGGGACAAGCAGCGGCGCUAUUUCGACGGGCACGACGACGACGUUGAGCGUGAACGUCACAAGGCGGAAAUCUGAUGCUGUGGCGCUGGUAAACAUCGUUAACGGCACCGAUACGGGGGAUUAUUACGACUGACUGUGUUGAGAGAGGGAAUUUUUUUUUUCUCCGGCUUCUUGACCAUCGUCUGUUGACGUUGUGUGUGCCGUUACGUCGAAUCAUUCAUCUUAUGUAUAUUCCUGUUACCUUCAUUAAACGUUUUUCUUUCCUUCUAA